AGGUUUGCCCAAAACUUAGUAGCUGGAUCUAUAACCACAAAGUCACCAUUCUCUCUCCCAUCCUAGCUGAAUCUGUUCUUCCUUUCCUACACUCUUGAUCCAUUAUCAAUGGUUUGGAAUUUGUUUCAGAUUCAUCUAAUUCCGGUGAUGGGUUUUCACUUCUUUCUCGAUUGAAUUAAUUGAAGAAAUCAUCCCUCUCUCUAUGAAUUCUCUGUAUUGUUGAUCAAAACGAGAGGCAAUCAUUCUCUUACAAUACGUGUUCACAGGUGCUUUCCAAGUUCCUUGGUAAAAAAAACAAGGACCCAGUUCAUUGAUCUGGUCUAAGAUUCCUUCUGCAAUUUUUUUUCUUCACUACUGCUUUAGAAGACCAAAAUCUGAUCAGUGAAGUGCAUUGAAAAUAUGCAAUGGGACCAUCAACAGGAGGAAGAGCAAGACUCUCUGGAAUGCAGAAGCAAGUGCUUAGUCUGUACCGGGGCUUCUUACGAGUAGCUCGUUCAAAGUCCCCUGAAGAUCGACGGCAGAUUGAAUCCUUUGUUUCAGCUGAGUUCCGCCGCAACUCCAAACAAGUAGAUCGCAAGAAUUUCAUCUACAUUGAGUACUUGCUUCGCCUUGGUAAGAAGCAGCUUGAGCAGCUCAAUAGUCCUGAUACUGUUGGAUUGUCAUCUAUGGAUGCCACUUUCUCUGAAACUGAAAAGCCCAAAAACUAAGUUGAGAUGAAUUACCCUGACAUCUGCGUAAUAUUGUGACAUCUUUUUUUUCUUGUGCAAUUUAUUUCUUGUUCAAACAAUUCUGUUCAUAAAACGCCUGCAGUCAUUUUUUUCAGUUGUCUUAAGCAGGUUUGCAUGUCAUUGUUCUAUAGAGGCCAUGCUUGAUGUUUAAGAUUGCAUCCUGUUUAAACCACUGUUAGUUUCUU